CUCAUUGAAAGACGACAAGGACGUUCCGCCAAUGUACCCAGCCAAACAACACGUUAUCAAGACUUGCCAGCAGCUAUGUGCACUCUUGCCUGAAUCAGAGCGCACCAAGCCACAAGUGCUUUUGCUUGCUGGCGAGAUAGUACACUACCGUAACGACACGGACCGCGAAAUUGCCUUCAGACAGGAAAGCAAUUUCUAUUAUCUCUCCGGAUGUGACACUCCGGAUUCCCACCUGCUUGUCGCAUUCCAAGCCGGCACUUCUUUGGAUACGAAACCUGAGAUUGAACUCUUCAUUCCCGAAAUCACAUCGGAGAUCCUGAUGUGGUCGGUCCCCCCACCAAGUCUGGCCGCUGCUAUUGAAACACACGACGUGACCGGAGUUCAAAACACGACCGCACUCCCACAGGCCAUUGAAAAGCUCAUCAAAGCUCUCCCCGGCGCAUUGUUCCACUGCCUGCCGCGCGGGUCGCCAGAAUUCCCCGUCGUUUCUGAGGACCUUCUCAAGCCUGUCCUUUCAGCAGACGGCUUAGCAGUGACUGACGCGUUCCUUCUGAGCGCCUUGCAUCAGGCCCGUCUCCUCAAAGAUGCAUACGAAGUCGAUCUCAUUCGCAAGGCGUGCGAUAUCAGCUCACGUGCUCACGAAGUAGUCAUGCGUGUCUUGGGUGCUGCAGUUAAAGGAGAAAUAAAGGCAAAUACUGCCACGGGACGACCUCUGCUUCCGAGCGAGUGGUUGAUUGAAAAAGAAGCUGAGGCCGAAGCAAUCUUCGUCGCAUCGUUCCGCAGAGAGGGCGCUGUGCACGCGGCAUACCUGCCAAUUGUAGCAGCUUCAACACGUGCAGCAACUCUCCACUACUGUUGCAAUGGUGGGAACAAUCGCGAGUUCUCUUGGGGCCCUCGUGCUGCCGGCGAUCAUGUCAACACUUCAUCGCUUUCGGCCGGCAAGGAGCUGAAGCCUCAGGUUCUUCUGCUUGACGCUGGUUGCGAGUGGACCAACUAUGCCGCCGACAUCACGCGUACGAUGCCUAUCGGCAAUGGCGGAAAGUUCACUCCCGAAGCCAAGGAUAUCUACUCUCUGGCUUGCAUGGAAAUCAUCAAACCCGGCCUACAUUGGGACGCAGUCCAUUUGCUCUCACACCGGGUCCUUACGCAAGGCUUCCAGCGUCUGGGAAUCUUCAAAUCUCCGUCGUCUCCGAACUCUGGUUCCUGGGCAUCCGAGGAAGCUAUUCUUGCGAGCGGAAUCACAACUGCUUUUUACCCGCACGGACUGGGACAUUCUCUCGGGAUGGACGUGCACGAUGUCCCGAGUGCCUCGAAGCCGGCGGUCAAUCCUAGCAUCGAAACCGGAAUAAUUCUAGGGCAUCCUGAUUUCUACAAAUAUCUCAGGCUCAGACUCAAGCUUGAGACGGGCAUGGUGGUGACGGUCGAGCCAGGCAUCUACUUCAAUCCCCAUUUCCUGAACAACAUUCGCGACUCCAAACUUAUCGACCACGAGGUCCUGAAACGCUACGAGAACGUUGGUGGUGUACGAAUCGAAGAUGUCGUUGAGAUCACGGCCAAUGGCAUGACAAACCUGACCAAAGUCCCCAGUGACGUCGAGUGGCUCGAGGGGGUCUGUUCGGGAGCCCUCUGA